AUAGUGUAGGAGAGGAAAGGAGAAGAGGCGGUCGUAUGGGAGCUCGGAGUAUUGCAGGAGGACAACAGUCAGCUCUUCCAUCGCGUUUGGCGUUUUCAUGCGUUUCCCUCACGUUCUCUGAAGCUGGUUGUCGCGGCUCCAUAGGAUGUGCACGCCGUGUUGUAUCUCGCAGCUGGCUUGCUGCUGUGGCUCAGCAGCCUGCUCGUGCUGCUGUCAGUGCUGCCCUAAGAUCAAGCAGUCCACAGCUACCAGAAUCAUGUACACGCUCUUCUUUCUUCUGGUCACCAUUGUGUGCGUCAUCAUGAUGUCCCCCACUGUUGAGGAAGAGAUGAAAAAUAUCCCCUUUUACAGUGAACUGUGUGAGAAGAUGAAUGCAGGGACAAACUGCAAGACCUUGGUUGGUUACUCUGCCGUCUACAAGGUGUGCUUUGGCAUGGCCUGUUUCUUCUUCAUCUUCACCAUCUUCACCAUAGGCGUCAAUAACAGUACUGGCUGGAGGGCGGCCAUACAUAAUGGGUUUUGGUUGCCAAAAUUCAUUUUGCUUGUGGCUAGCUGUGCAGGAGGCUUUUUCAUUCCACAAGAGAAAACCUUUCUGGAAGUGUGGCGCUAUAUCGGAGCUGCUGGCGGCUUCCUCUUCCUGCUGAUCCAGCUCAUGCUGCUGGUGGAGUUUGCCCACCGGUGGAACACAAACUGGAGCUCAGGAGUGAAGUAUAACCGCUUGUGGUAUGCAGCACUUGCCUUAGUGACUCUGGUGCUGUUCAGCAUUGCGGUGGGGGCUGUGGUCUUCAUGGGUCUGUACUACACCCACCCCAUGGCAUGUCGCCUCAACAGAAUCUUCUUGGGCAUCAACGGCAGCCUCUGCCUGAUUGUUUCUCUGCUUGCCAUCUCCCCCCUCAUUCAGAAACUCCAGCCGACAUCUGGUCUGCUUCAACCGGGAGUUAUCAGUGUGUAUGUCAUGUACCUCACCUUCUCAGCUUUCUCCAGCAAACCAACAGAAAUGGUGGAGAUAGAUGGCGUGAACACAACCGUGUGUGUCUUUCCCUUCAAAUCUGGGAAGGAAAGUGACAAGAAGAUUGUCACAGCUUUGGGAGCUGUUAUCCUGUUUGGCUGCAUCCUUUAUUCCUGCUUGACCUCCACGAUCAAGCGAAGAUCCGCAGCCCUCCGAGUGAUCAGGAACAGUGAACCAGAGAUCGAAAGAGCCCGUUGCUGCUUCUGCUUCGGAGAUGACACAGAUGAUUACGAUGAGGAGAAGACGGGAGCGGGUCAAAAUGUGGUGUAUGACGAGAGCGAAGCCACCAACUACAGCUACAAAUGCUUCCACUUUGUCUUUUUUCUGGGUUCCCUUUAUGUCAUGAUGACCAUAACAAACUGGUUCCACUACGACAACUACAGGAUUGAGAAGCUGUUGGAUGGGAGCUUGUCGGUGUUCUGGAUCAAGAUCUCCUCGUCAUGGGUCUGUCUCCUGCUCUACACGGGGACUCUGAUUGCUCCCAUCAUCUGCCCCAAGCGUUUUGAGGCCUAGGACACAAGACACACGGCACUCACGCUUUGGUCAGGUGUCUUCCAGUGUUGAGAUGUCGCCAUGAAGCUUUGAGCCUGAGCCAAGGGACCAGUGACCUUUUCUUUCCCCUACCUUUAAACAAUGUCCCCUCUACUAUCUUCAGCUGUGGAACUGGAGGAACAUCUGAUGCCUUUUAUUACACAAUGUGCAAAAGAUUGUUACGUCAUCCAAACCUUGAUAGUAUUUUGGGUAUUUCUUUUUUUGACAUUUGACUUAUUUAAAGGUUAUGGAAGAUCUAUUAGUUGUGACCCAUGUGUCCAGACGUACGUAUUCCCUCACUAGUUCAGACUUUAUACAACAUUUGGUUGUUGUCCUUUUUGUGAGUCUUGAAUUUUUUUUCCCCAAACUUUAUACAGUUGUACCAAAAUUUGUAGCAGAAUAAUGGAACAAAUCUGUUUAGCGUGUUUUUUUUUUUUUAGUUAUACUGAAAUUUAUCUUUGUUCUGAGUCCCUUUGUAAGGGAGUUUGUAAAAAACUGAAUUACAGUCCAUUUUAAAAAUUUCUCUCUCAGGCUAACAUUCAAGUAUGCUUUGUUGUAAUGUGUGACUUUUUGUAGAUGUUUUUUUUAUUCGAGCAAAAAAGUUAGUUGCUUUUCUUAAGUCUUUCAAGUUUGGUCAAUCUCGGUGCUCCCUUUGAACAAAAUCUUUUUGGGUAGAAAAAAACAAUCGUGUACUGUACAUCGUUUACUCAACCACUCAUCAUUGUUGUGUAGACUCUGUCAAUCAACUUAUCUUAUUUAACUGACAGUCAUAGAAGAUGUUCCCACUAAAGUGUGUGUGCAGCUGUUCGCCAAAGUUUGAUGAUUGGAAAACAACUACAGAACCCUACAUGGAAAAUUUGUUUGUUCCACGCGGUUUUUGUUUCCAGCAUGUUUAAGACAUUCAAAUAAACUUGUAUCAAUAUCAGCUUAUACUAAAAAAAAAAAAAAAUCUCAAGUUACUCAACACUGAAUGUUGAGUUUACAAUAAAAUUACUCACAUAAUUAAAUACUAACAGUAAAUUGUUUCUCAUACACUGCCAAUAACCCCCAUUGUUUUCCUAACACAUAUUUUAUGUACACUUUUGCUGACAUUGUGUUGUUGAAAUAUUGGUCAUUAAAGUGAACAUUUCUUCCA